AUGGAGAAAGAUAAGCAGUUAUUAGAGAAGGAGGAUAAAUUCAAACAGUCUCUGAAAGUGAAACUGGAGAUGGCUAAAUUUCUGCAGCAGACUCUGGAUGAGAUGGCAGUCACUGGUAAAGGACACAGUUCAAAGGCAGCCAAAGAUUUUGUUGAGUUUUUCGAAAAGGUAAGAACAGAAGGUGGAGGAUUAACGAGUAACGAAGAAAUCUUGAAGUUCUCCAAGUUGUUUGAAGAUGAAAUUACAUUGGAUUCCUUGACGAGAUCACAGCUGAUGGCAUUGUGUAGGGUUCUGGAACUGCAACCCUUCGGCACUACCACCCUGCUUCGCUUCCAGCUGCGGAUGAAACUCAGAAGUCUCGCUGCUGAUGAUGUGAGAAUCAAGAAGGAAGGAGUGGAUUCGUUAACUCAAUCUGAACUUCAGCAGGCAUGUCGUGCCCGUGGGAUGCGUGCUCUGGGCAUGUCGGAGGAACGGUUGCGUGCGCAGCUCACACAGUGGCUGGAUCUAAGUCUCAAUGAGAAGGUGCCGCCAUCACUGUUGCUGCUUUCACGCGCAUUCAUGCUGCCUGAGACCAUUACUACCACAGAGAAAUUGGUGGCCACAAUCUCCGCUCUACCAGACACAGUUGCCACAAAGACAAAGGCUGUUAUAGGUGAGAGAGAAGGAAAAGUGGACAAUAAGACAAAGAUAGAGCUUAUAAAAGAGGAGGUGGCUAAGAUCCAAGAGGAGAAGAAGGAGAUCGAGGAAGAAGCUAAGGUGGUGGUAAAACUGGAUAAGGAAGUGAUAGUAGACAAGGCUCCUACACUCACCGACACAGCAACAGUGCUCAUUGAUAAGGCUAAAGAAGAGAAGGACCUGUCUAGUAAAGAGCUGGGCGAGACACUGGAAGACGUGUUGGACACAGUAGGCAAAGACAAGAAGAAAAUGAUCAUCGAGAAGGAGGAGCUUGAUGAUCUCAAGGAGGAAAUGAAGGAUUACCAAGAGGAUGUACAAAACCUGAAGGAGGUGACAAAGUUGGCGAAGGAGGCCAAGGCAGUGGAAGUGGAAGUGAAGGAGUCAAAGGCAGCCAAGCGGCUUUCCCGUACUGUCAACAGGAUGAUCUCCAAGAUGGAUGCUGCCUUGGCUGAACUCGAGAAAAAAGAGAUGGCCAAGAAGGAGAGUUUGCAAAAAGUGGUUACUCAAUCAACUAGUGAUGAAAUGUUGAGGGUGGACGAGUUGAUAGAAGCCAUCCACAAACUGCAGAAGGUUCCUGAUGCCUCACGCCUGGCCAGCAUUGCUGAAGUGUUGGGAAAGAUCGAUGUUGACAAGGAUGGCGUUGUCAAAGUUGAUGAUCUCCUUAAGGUUCUGGAGGUGAUUGGUCGAGAGAACAUAAAACUGAACGAAAAACAGAUCGAUGAGGUGAUAGAGCUGCUGAAGAAGGAAGAAGCAAUCAGUGAAGAGAAAGUCGGGGAAGCUGGUAAACCAGCUGAGUCGAAGGAUAGUAGUGAUAACAAGAUGAAAGAGGCUGUGGAGAUGUUCAAGGUGACUAUGCCACCACUACAGGAGCCAGACUCUCAGUUACCGAGUCCACCAGUUGGCCAGGGAGUCAAGAUCAGUGGUGAGCCACCAUCGUGUGCUGCCAUUGAGCAAAAGGCCAAUGGACCAACAGAAACGCCUCCUACAAAGUCGUGAUUUAUUUUAGUUUAACUUAAGUAUUUGUAUUGUGUAAAUGUCUUGUUAACAAUAUAUAAAUAAUUAUUCAGAA